AUGGUGCAGCCAAAGAGCCAGAAAAGCGUCGGCCUGGGCAAUGCCCUGAUGCACGAUCGCUUCGGCAAGGGGAAAGGGAAGGAUCGGAGAAAAGGCACUGGAGUCACCCGCAUCAACCACGCGACCGGCGAGGAGUACAUUACAAACGAUCGCGAGGAGGCGAGCUGGGUCAAGAUGAGGUCGGUCACGGAACAGGGCGCCCUCGACGAGUUCUUGGCAACGGCGGAGCUUGCUGGGACCGACUUCACGGCCGAGAAGAUGAACAACGUCAAGAUCAUCCACACCGACCAGAAGAACCCAUACCUGCUAUCGUCAGCGGAAGAACGCAUCACUUCGAAGAAGCACAAGGAGAACAAGGACAAGUUGACUGUACCAAGACGGCCGCAGUGGGAUGCGUCUACCACACCGGAGGAGUUGGAUGCACUGGAGAGGCAGAACUUUCUCAACUGGAGGCGAGGCCUUGCGGAACUACAGGAGAACCAUGAUCUGCUCAUGACCCCAUUUGAGCGGAAUCUGGAGGUCUGGCGCCAGCUCUGGCGUGUCAUUGAGAGGUCAGACCUAGUCGUGCAGAUUGUCGAUGCGCGGAAUCCUUUGAUGUUCCGUUCUGAGGAUUUGGGCCAUUAUGUCAAGGACGUCGACCCGCGCAAGGAAAACCUGCUUCUCAUCAACAAGGCCGACAUGAUGACCUACAAGCAACGAAAGGCAUGGGCGAAUUACUUGAAGGGCGCGAAGAUUGCGUACAGGUUCUUCUCGGCUCAGCUGGCAAAGGAGUACAACGAGGCACGGGAGGACGAGGAUUCUGACGAAGACUUCGUUGAGGAGCCCCAAGCAAGCAGUUCCAAGGAUGCGGAGAAAGCACCAGAACAGAAGGAAUCAGAGGAAGAAGCUGAGGCGGCAGAAAACAACCCCAAUCUCCCCUUGACCGAGAGUGCCAUCGCACCGGAACAAGACGACGAAGACACGAGAAUAUUGACCGUGGACGAGCUGGAAGGCAUCUUCCUGCAACAUGCACCUACAAAUCCGGAGAAGUCUCAGAAGCUGACAAUUGGUCUGGUGGGAUACCCCAACGUCGGAAAGUCUUCCACCAUCAACGCUCUCAUCGGAGCCAAGAAGGUCUCGGUGUCAUCCACACCUGGUAAGACCAAGCAUUUCCAGACAAUCCAUCUGAGCGAGAACGUCAUCCUUUGCGAUUGUCCUGGUCUUGUAUUUGCCAACUUCGCUAGCACAAAGGCAGAGCUGGUCUGCAACGGUGUUUUGCCCAUCGAUCAGCUGCGCGAGUUCACUGGACCUGCCGCUUUGGUGGCCAAGAGGAUACCAAAGAGCUUCCUGGAGGCCUUGUACGGUAUCACGAUCAAUAUGAGGCCUCUGGAGGAGGGUGGUACCGGAACAGUCACGGCCUCGGAAUUGUUGAGGGCGUAUGCUCGUGCCAGAGGCUUCGCAACCACAGGGCAAGGAAACCCAGACGAGUCUCGGGCAGCGAGGUACAUCCUCAAGGACUACGUCAACGGAAAACUCCUCUUUGUCGAGCCUCCACCAGGAGACAUUGACGCGAAGGAAUUCAACAGCGAGCUCUACGACCCGUCACAUCUCACCGGAAAGAGAAGACUAGCCCUUUCCAGUGCCAUGGAGGCCAUGUCAGUUGCUGCAGAUGAUGGAGAAUCAGUGGACCUGGACAUUAUCGACAUGCCGGCCGGGCCCAAGUCCAAGAAGUUGGAUAAGACAUUUUUCGGCCCUGGGGGCGGCAACGCCGGGCAUCUCAACAAGCCGUUCAGCUUCAAGUAUUCUGAGCAGGGCCAGGCCGAGGGCAGGCAACUGAGCGGGAGGAAAGCCAGAACGAUGACUGCGUUGGAGAGGGGGCUGGACCCCAAAGAGGUGCAGAUGAGUAUGUCUGGCAAGAAGCACUUCAAGGGCGGGCAGAAGACUAGGACAAAGAAGAAGCCGAGCACAGCGGAUGAUGACUAG